AUGAAGCUCCUCACGUCCCUUACGCGAGAGGUUGCCUCUCUCCAUCGCACAAUCGAAGAGCAAAAACAGUAUAUCAAGCAGCUAGAGGGCGCAGUCGAGCAGAAGGACGAGGAAAUUGCCGCUCUCAAGGCACGAACCAAGUCACUUCAGCACCUAAACGGGCUUCCCGGCGGCAGCAACCCACAGCACCAGUCUCUCGUCACUCCCAAGUCCUACACCCCUACCAGGCCUCUGCCCGCCUCAAGCCUCCGGCCAUUCAUGAGACAAAGGGGGCCUUCUGCGUCAUGCCCGGUCAAGCUUACCGCCCCACCAUCCCCGCCAACAAGGCAUACAUUCCAGGUACGGGGUCCGUACGGCUGUAAGGGGCUUCCCUAUCACUACAUCGAUGGCCUCCUCAGCGCCCCCGCAAGAGAUGACUGGGGUAAUUUACUCGAGACUUUGCAAGGGACUGAGUCAAUCCCGGAUCCGGCAACACUUGACGAGAACGAGAACGCCGCCUGCCCCCCCGAGCCGGACACACCAGUACUGAUCACGUCCCGCCCAGCCCCCCCAGCUGACAGUUCCACCUACAAGAACUGGGUCAAGGAAGAGCCCGGCCUGGCGUUGUGCUUUGGAAACCACGCCAUGGCGUUUGACUACGCUCGACUCGCUUUGGAUCUCGGAAAGGAGGCGUUGUGGCACUACGCCAAAGCCAGGCAUCCGGAGCUGUGGGAGAGGCUGUCCCCGAUCUCACCGACCUUCAUCCGCGCAUGCUGGGGCGAGCUGAAUCAAGUGACACUAGGCUGGAAGCUCGCCCCAGAAAUCAAGUGCGAGCUCGAGGACUUCUCGCAACUCCGCAACUUCGUCGCUCACCCGGACCCGCCAGAGGCCCUGGCGGCAUACGACAAGGUUGUGCGGCUUGCGGAAGCCCUAAUCUUGAGGAUUGGCGAUGAGGCACGGCUAGGUAAACUUCGGGAGGCGAGGCAGGCCUUGCGUGCAGAAGCCGUCACGAUGGCCGCCGACAUCGAGACACGCGGGGCUCUGGCACAGUUGCAGGCCGGCCAUAUCGAGGAAAGCAGCGUGUGGGACCCGCCACACAUCGACCUGUUCAAGCGUUUACUCUUUUUACCCGAGUAUCAGCGGGUUGACCCACACGCCGUACACCCCGUGGUGCUGCGGAUCGCCGAGGGGUGGGGGACCAUCAACGCCGUCGGCGAGAAGGAAGACGAGCCGCCCGUGGUGACAACCCUUGACAUCAGAUACCCUCCGAGCUGGUAG